UUUAUACUGCACACAAGGUUUAUGAAUGAAGUCUGAAUGAAAGAGGAAUUUAAGGGAAAAUAAGGUUUGUGGACAAAAUCACAGACAAUGGCGGAUAGCAACGAGAUGACCAUCAACCUUGUUGUCCUUGGAAGAACUCAGACUGGCAAAAGCGCUGCUGGGAACACUCUGCUGGGCAGCUCCGACUUUGAGAGUCACUGCUCCCCAAGCUCUGUGACUACACGCUGCAGCCUUGGACGCAGCUGCCGCAUUUCGGGGAUUAUACGAAGAAACAGCUGUGAGGUUGCUCUCCGCGUUCGAGUACUCGAUACUCCAAGCUACCCUCACAGUGGUCUGAGCAAAGAGCAGGUGAGAGACACCGUGAGAUCAGCCCUGGCUCACCACUUUGGGGAGGAAGGCCUGCACCUAGCUCUCUUGGUCCUGAGGGCUGACUUGCCUCUGUGUCCGGAUGAAAGCGAUCACACAACCCAAUUCAUCCAGGAACUUCUGGGUCCCACAUGGAAGGAUUUCACCGCAGUUCUACUUACUCAUGCAGACAAGGCAGAAGAUGCUGGAUUCAGUGAGGAAGCAUACUUGCACAGUGCCUCAAGUACCCUGUUGUCACUUUUGAGCUCAGUACAGCAUAAAUACAUUUUCCUAGACAACCAGAAGAGCAUAAUUAAAGAGGAAAGAGCUAUUGUCUUAAGAAAGCUCUUGAAUUUUAUAAGACAAAAUAAUUAUCAAGUGCUUCUACUUAAACACAGCAAGGAAUAAAUACAGCUUUCAGGUGCUCGUUUGUCUAUUUUUUAUGGUAGGUAACAUUUAAUAGAA